GUCAUCAAAGGCGGACGUGCGCGAAUGGCUUCGGGUGAUGAAUUUCAAAAAAUCCCUCUGGGUGAAUCUCAGCUGGACUUCCCCGGCCGCCCUUACUCGGUGUCGGUCCUGAAGGUGGGCUACAACCACCCGCAGCCCGACGGAAGCUUUCGAGCCGACGGAACCGUGACGCUCGUCACGGCAGCGGGCGGCAACAACAUCCUGGUGGACACCGGCGGGCCUUGGGACAGGGACUUCCUCGUGGAAAGCCUCCGCAAAAAGGGGCUGGAGCCCCGGGACGUCCGCUUGGUCGUGGGGACUCACGGCCAUUCGGACCACGUCGGGAACCUCGGUCUCUUCCCUUCCGCCGACGUCAUCGUGGGCUUUGACGUCAGCCGAGGGGACGUGUAUCGGCCCAAUAAACUGGCGCAGGGGCACGCGCACGUCGUGGACGAGCACGUGUGUGUGGUUCCCACCCCCGGCCACACCGGACAGGACGUGAGCGUCCAGGUGAAGGGAACCUCGGCGGGCACGGUGCUGGUGGCGGGGGACCUCUUCGAAUGUUGCCAGGAUGAGGACACGUGGCGCCACUCGAGCCUCGACGCCGCCGCGCAGGAGACGAGCCGCCGGAAAGCGCUGCGGACCGCCGACGUGGUCGUACCGGGCCACGGCCUCCCGUUUCGGGUCCUUCGAAACUCCUGACGUCCGGGGGUCGCUGACUGGAGAAGACGCUUUGCGAUAUGAUAUGUAUUACAAGAGAAAAGACAGGAUCUUUGCUCAUCAUCGUAAAUUGUCAUCAGAAAAUAGUUUGUCCUCAUUUCGAGGAAAGUCGAAAAUAAAAGUCAUAAAAACGCGUA